UUUUUUAUUUCUUGUUUCAGUUUGCCAAGGCACCAGUAACAAGCUCACCCAGCUGGGCACGUUCGAAGACCACUUUGUGAGUCUACAGAGGAUGUUUAAUAACUGCGAGGUGGUCCUAGGGAACUUGGAGAUCACCUACAUGCAGAAUAGUUACGACCUUUCCUUCCUCAAGACCAUCCAGGAGGUGGCCGGCUACGUACUCAUUGCCCUCAACACCGUGGAGAAGAUUCCUCUGGAAAACCUGCAGAUCAUCAGGGGCAACGUGCUCUAUGAAAACACCCACGCCUUGGCGGUCCUGUCCAACUACGGGGCGAAUAAAACCGGACUGCGGGAGCUGCCCAUGAGAAACCUGCAGGAGAUCCUGCAAGGCGCCGUGCGCUUCAGCAACAACCCCAGCUUGUGCAGCGUGGAGACUGUCCAGUGGAGAGACAUCGUCAACAGCGAAUUUCUCAGCAAUAUGUCGAUGGACUUUCAGAACCAGCCGGGCGGUUGCCCAAAGUGUGAUCCGAGCUGUGUCAACGGAACCUGCUGGGGCGCGGGGAAAGAGAACUGCCAGAAAUUGACCAAAGUCAUCUGUGCCCAGCAGUGCUCCGGGCGCUGCCGCGGGAGGUCCCCCAGUGACUGCUGCCACAACCAGUGUGCCGCCGGCUGCACGGGGCCGCGGGAGAGUGACUGCCUGGUCUGCCGCAAGUUCCGGGACGAAGCCACGUGCAAGGACACGUGCCCACCGCUCAUGCUCUACAACCCCACCACGUACCAGAUGGAUGUCAACCGCAAUGGGAAGUACAGCUUCGGGGCCACCUGUGUGAAGAAGUGUCCCCGUAACUACGUGGUGACAGACCACGGCUCGUGCGUCCGCGCCUGCAGCUCCGACAGCUACGAGGUGGAGGAAGACGGUGUCCGCAAGUGUAAAAAGUGCGACGGGCCUUGUGGCAAAGUUUGUAACGGAAUAGGAAUUGGUGAGUUUAAAGACACACUCUCUAUAAACGCCACCAACAUUAAGCACUUCAGAAACUGCACCUCGAUCAGCGGGGACCUCCACAUCCUGCCGGUGGCCUUUAGGGGCGACUCCUUCACACGUACUCCGCCCCUGGACCCGAAGGAACUGGAUAUUCUGAAAACCGUAAAGGAAAUAACAGGGUUUUUGCUGAUUCAGGCUUGGCCAGAAAACAGGACCGGCCUGCAUGCUUUCGAGAACCUGGAAAUCAUCCGUGGCAGGACGAAGCAACAUGGUCAGUUUUCUCUGGCGGUUGUCGGCCUGGACAUAACAUCUUUAGGACUGCGCUCCCUCAAGGAGAUAAGCGAUGGAGACGUGAUCAUUUCAGGAAACCAGAACUUGUGCUAUGCAAACACGAUAAACUGGAAGAAACUAUUUGGGACUUCGAGUCAGAAAACCAAAAUUAUAAACAACAGGAGCGAACAAGAGUGCAAGGCCGUGGGCCACGUCUGUAACCCGCUGUGCUCAUCGGAGGGCUGCUGGGGUGCAGACCCCAAAGACUGCGUGUCCUGCCGGAACGUCAGCCGUGGCAAGGAAUGUGUGGAGAAAUGCAACAUUCUGGAGGGAGAGCCCAGGGAAUUCGUGGAGAACUCGGAGUGUGUGCAGUGCCACCCGGAGUGCCUGCCCCAGGCCAUGAACGUCACCUGCACGGGACGCGGACCGGGCAGCUGUGUAAAGUGUGCCCACUACAUCGAUGGCCCUAACUGCGUGAAGACCUGCCCCGCCGGCAUCGCGGGCGAGAACGGCACCCUGGUCUGGAAGUUUGCGGAUGCCAGUCACGUGUGCCACCUGUGCCACCCCAACUGCACCUAUGGCUGUGACGGGCCAGGUCUCAAAGGCUGUGCAGAGAACCGGCCCAAGAUUCCGUCCAUCGCCACCGGGAUCGUGGGGGGCCUCCUGAUGGUGGUGGUGCUGGCCCUGGGGGUCGGCCUCUUCCUGCGCAGACGCCACAUUGUCCGCAAGCGCACGCUGCGCCGGCUGCUGCAGGAGCGCGAGCUGGUCGAGCCUCUGACACCUAGCGGAGAAGCUCCCAACCAAGCUCUCCUGAGGAUCCUGAAGGAAACAGAAUUCAAAAAGGUCAAGGUGCUGGGCUCCGGCGCGUUCGGCACAGUGUACAAGGGACUCUGGAUCCCAGAAGGCGAGAAGGUUAAAAUUCCGGUCGCGAUCAAGGAGUUGAGAGAAGCCACGUCUCCGAAAGCCAACAAGGAAAUCCUGGACGAAGCCUACGUGAUGGCCAGUGUGGACAACCCUCACGUGUGCCGCCUGCUGGGCAUCUGCCUCACCUCCACGGUGCAGCUCAUCACGCAGCUCAUGCCCUUCGGCUGCCUCUUGGACUACGUCCGCGAGCACAAGGCCAACAUCGGGUCCCAGCACCUGCUCACCUGGUGCGUGCAGAUCGCGAAGGGCAUGAACUACCUGGAAGACCGGCGCUUGGUGCACCGGGACCUGGCGGCCAGGAACGUGCUGGUGAAGACCCCGCAGCACGUCAGGAUCACGGACUUCGGGCUGGCCAAGCUGCUCGGCGCCGAGGAGAAGGAGUACCACGCGGAAGGGGGCAAAGUGCCCAUCAAGUGGAUGGCUUUGGAAUCGAUUUUGCACCGAAUUUACACCCACCAGAGUGACGUCUGGAGCUACGGAGUCACCGUCUGGGAGCUGAUGACCUUCGGGUCCAAGCCGUAUGACGGCAUCCCGGCCAGUGAGAUCUCCACCGUCCUGGAGAAAGGGGAGCGCCUCCCGCAGCCGCCCAUCUGCACCAUCGAUGUGUACAUGAUCAUGGUCAAGUGCUGGAUGAUCGAUGCUGACAGUCGCCCGAAGUUCCGUGAGCUGAUCAUCGAGUUCACCAAGAUGGCCCGGGACCCCCAGCGCUACCUUGUCAUCCAGGGGGACGAGAGGAUGCAUUUGCCAAGCCCUACGGACUCCAACUUCUACCGCGCCCUGAUGGACGAAGAGGACAUGGAUGACGUGGUGGACGCGGACGAGUACCUCGUCCCCCAACAGGGCUUCUUCCACAGCCCCGCCACCUCCCGGACGCCCCUGCUCAGCUCUCUGAGCGCCACCAGCAACACCCCCACCGUGGCCUGCGUGGAUAGAAACGGGCAGAGCUAUCCCCUCAAAGAAGACAGCUUCUUGCAACGGUACAGCUCAGACCCCACCGGCACCCUGACCGAGGACAGCCUCGAUGACACCUUCCUCCCGGCGCCUGAGUACGUGAACCAGUCUAUCCCCAAAAGGCCGGCGGGCUCUGUCCAGAACCCCGUGUAUCACAAUCAGCCUCUGCACCCGGCGCCUGGAAGGGACCCCCACUACCAGAAUUCGCACAGCAACGCCGUGGACAACCCCGAGUAUCUCAACACCGCCCAUCCCGUCUGCGUCAACGGUGCCCUCUCCGGCCCUGCCCUCUGGGCGCAGAAGGGCACCCCCCAGAUCAGCCUGGACAACCCCGACUACCAGCAGGCCUUCGCCAACGCCAUCCUUGAGGGCCCUGCAGCUGGGGAUGCAGAGUACCUAAGGGCAGCGCCAGCCAGCAGGGACCUCACUGGGGCGUGACCGCGGGGGGACGGCGGCACCCGAAAAAUUCCGCUCCCUUCAGCCCCCGGGACCAAGCCAAGGCAGCUUCGCGGUCCUGACAGCCAUGCCCACCUUAACUCUGGGACCCACAGUUUGGUCCUGUCUUUCAACCAAGAAGUGCCCCCGGCUCUGAUGCACCUUGCACAGUUCCAGGGCCAUUCCUUCAUCUCCAGACUGUGAGGCAUCCGGAAGGAGCGUCGCCCACUUAGGCAGAAGUUCGCCUUUGAUUUUGCUUGCAGUGGGCUCAUGUGGCACUGAGCUGACCCAGGCCCAACUGUGACCGAGAAGCAAGGGCCAGGCUUCGGGCUGACACAGGCUUCUGUUGGCUCCGCUGGGACCCUUCCACUGCAAGACAGUUGAAAAACCAGCCAGUCUUCCGCGUCCUCAGCUGGGGCCCGAUGGGUCCUGUAUCGAAUCACGGCAGGUGUAAGAGGAUAAGCCACUUUGAUCCCUUCCUGGGCCAGGAAGAAACAGAGGGGAUAGAAUCCUUUCUCAGACUUUCUUUUAUACGGAUGUCCCUGUGGUACUUCCCCUCCGCUGGUUGACCAGUGUCCUCUGACUCUGAGUCUUCGACUGACCUGUUUAUUUUCCAUUCCAUUGUUUUGGAACUCAGUCCGCUCUUCGCAUCGACAAGAACAGCAUCCAAGAUCGGCUCAUAGUUGAUUCAGCAGCGUUCAGACCAACAGCCCUUCGCUGAGACGGAAUGAGAGUGCCCCAAAUCUGAGCCUCCGAGGAAUUCCAUCAAGUCCUUUGGGGCUCAGGGGACAGGUGUAUCUCAGGAAACUGCAGAAACGAGGCUGUUCUUGGAAACUAUUUUAGCAUCCCCCCCAAAAAAAAAUUAGUUUAGUCUCUUCAUGGAAAAUCAUUUUCUUUUUAUUUUACUAUAAAGGUUUUUGGCUUUUUUUUUUUUUUACUCGAACGGUACUUUGCGCCUCACGGGGACGCUGCGCCCAAAGCCCCUCCUCGCCCUUGGUGAUGAAACGGUCCAGGCUCCGGGCAGGGAUGCGGGAACGCCUGGCCCUCCGCGCUGCUGGCGCGUCUUACAGGUGCAGCGCAGACACCACGAUGUCUUAAGUGGAACCCAGGUGGUAAAAAGGAAAUUUGACUUUGACAUUGGUGAUCAGGCCUUCAGAACACUUGCAGGUAUGUGGGCAGAAAAAAAUCAUUUUCCCUUAAAAUAACUCUGCAAUUAAAGGACCCUCUGUACUUAGGACACUAACUUUUUCUCACCUGUGUCCCUGCACCCCGAUCGUGAACACGGUUCUUUGUAGACAUUGUUGUAAACGCUCCUAGUCAACGUACCUUAGCCAGACCAUCUUUUCAGUCUGUGGUUGUGCUCCGCCACACACACACACACACACACACCCCGCACAUGAUUUUCCUUUAGCCUUUUAAUUAUUUAUUGACUCAGAUGCAUCAGGGCCCCACGGUUUUGUCGCCAAAGUCUCUAAUUUUGUCCCAGUGGAAAUAGAAACUGUAUUCAACUCAAUUCCAUCACAUCGUGUUCUGAGUACCUUUUAAACAUCUCAGCAGCCUGGCAUAGGUCCUCCUAAAGAUUAAAAAAAGCAAAUAAAACAUAGUCCCUGAAUCCAUGAAGUUCACAAUUUGGUAAAAAAAAAAAAAAAGACUGGGUCAUAAAUGUGAACCUUAAAACAGUAUGAGAGUUGCCAGGCAAGACGUGACAGCCCCGAGCAGGGAGGGUUGGGGGACCAGGAGGCCGUCACGGGGUCGCGCAGAGAGACCCCCAGGCUCUCAGCCACCAGGGAUGUGGGAAGUGCCUUCUGAGCAGAGGGAGCCCAGCCCCAGAAGCACCUGCCCGAGGACCCCCUAGGGAAGCAGGCCUCCAGGCCCCGCUGCCCUUCAUGCCGGUCCCCCACGGGGCAUCCGGAGAGGACUCCUGAAAAGGCAAAACGCCAUUUGUAAGAAUCUGGCAUUUUCUGCCCUUGCCCGUAAACCACUUUGAUGAUUUCUUCAUGUCAGAGCAGAAAUACUGUAGCCAGGUCUUCAGCCCUGAGCAGCAGGGUGCUGGUUGCUGAGACAGCAACAUGCUGGUCUAGCUCAGCAGCAAAGUCCUAGUCUUUGUAAAUCUGAAACGUUUUACUAGAACGUAAUAAACCAGCAAGAACGGCCCACGCUUUCCCUCCUUUGUAGUUCAGUUUUCCCGCAUAAAACCUUAAUUGCUAAAUUCAUUUUGAAGAUCGUGCUCCCCAAAAUGUUCUCACUGUGUCCAGGGGGUGCAGGGGGCCAGAUUUCAAAGUUUACACUCCUGUCCUUGGUCCCUCCUAGUUGACGCCCAGUCCCUGAGGCCCCACAGAGAGUCUGUGAGCUGUUCCCCCCUCCGCCGGCUCCUGGAACCUCUCCCCAUGGCCCCAGCCCCAGACCUGGCUUUUGAAGACAGAUCGGGGUGGGAAGCUAACAUUUACAGCUGACCCUUGAACAACACGGGUUUGAACAGCGCGGGUCCACUGACACGUGGAUGCCCUCAGCAGCACCACUGCGAGACCCACCCGUUAGUUGAAUCUCCAGAUAAGGAGUCAGAGGCUCACUAUGAGGUCACAGGGGGAGCCCCCUGCUGGAGGGGCAGCGCCCCAGACCCUGAGUUGUCCAGGGGCCAGCUGUGCAAUGCCUGGUUCACAUCUUCUUGUAGAAUCUUCAUCAUCUCUACAAAAAUAGUUCUGUCAUCUCAGAACCCGGAAUUUGCCGAGGCCAGGUUGUCCCUGAUUUGAUGACCAGGAGUACAGUGGGGGUGGCAGGUUGAACCCCAGGUGAUGACAAGGCUCAGGGAUUUGGUGAAAGUUCCUAAUUGUGAGCUUUCGCCCCCUCCCCACGCAAACUGCAAACAUCUGAACCCUGCCUGGCAGGAGGGCAAAGGUGGUGGUUCUCAGACUGGCUGCCCUUGGGAAUCUCCGGGUCCCAACCAAAAAGAGGCUGAUUGACUGUCUCGGGUGCAGCCCCCACUGAGGGGCUUUUCAGAGCUCCCGAGGGGUGGGGGACAGCCAGUGUGUGGGACGAGGCUGCUGGGGUAUAUGACUCGGGGUUCUGUCCUUCGCAGCCCACUGGGGCCACCUGCCCAACUUAAAAAGAAGAAGUGAGGUCUCCUCAGACCAGUUCAAUCAGAAUCCCAGGGGCUCCCCAUGCUGUCGCAACGGGCAGCCUAGGUCGAGACCCCCGUCGCAAAGGUCGCCUUCCGUGGUACAGGCCUGAGCGUCCACACCGCGCUCCCGAGUCAGGGCAGAGUCUGUGUGUGGAAGUGAGUCCCUGAGCAGGGCCAGAGCGAUGCGCCUUGGGACUUGGCCUUGAGUGGCCAUUCCCAAACCCUCUGGGUCCUUGUCACCAGCAGCUAACGCAUCCUGAACGGUGGCCCAUACCCCAGUCUGAGCCUCUAUGAAGCCCUGGACAGUUUGUUUUCUAAGAAGUAAGAAAAAUCAAUCUUCUGCCCCAGAGAAUGGCUGCUCACCCCAAGUGACCGCUGUUGAAAUGGCCCUGAAGGUCUGCUCUGCAUCUGGUUCCUGCGAUGCGCACACUGUUCAUGUCACAACACGAUGAUCUGUUUGUUCCCCGGCCGGGGCUGUCACACCUUCCUGCGUAAAGACCCCUGCCCCUCUGAGCAGUCCCACCAGCCGCAUCAGGGCCACACGCUUCUCUACUCUUACAGACACAUUCAGGCAGGAUUUUUAAAUGUUGAGUCUAUUUUUGUACAUUUUUGAGCACUGAACUUUGUAAGGUCUAUUUUUUAGGAAGACGCGUUUUUCUACUAAAAGAAACAGUUUAUACCUUAGGCUGCAAGCGCAUCGAAAUUCGAAAGUGACAUUUCUGCUUAAAGAGAUUUAGUUGCUGCGAGAGAAAACCCUCUUCUGUCUCAGAAAAACCGCAGCGUCUUUGCAGAGCUAAGCCAGGGCAUCGUCCCGGUCAGGAGGAGAAUCAUUUUUAUAGAUCUAUCAGGUGAGGAAAAGCUGGAAAGCACAUUGAGUCUUGGUCUGAAGCACGUUCUGUUGGCUCGAGGGCGAUUCAGCAGAAAAGAAUUGCUCUCCUUGUGGCCGAAAGGCAGAUCCAUCUGCGUGGUACCCCAGUCAUCUGCCAAAAUGACCCUGUAACCGACAGACACAGUGAUGUAAUUCUGUGUCGGUUUAUAUACACCCAUCUGACUUUGAUGGGAGCUAUUUUAUUUUUAUGUCUAUACUUGAUGUGCAUUGACAAUAUAGAUUAGAAACAGCCACAAACCCUGAUAAUGUUUUAGCACGUUUAACGAACCCCCCCCCAACGGUCUUCCAGCCUCAGUAUGACCUCCCUAAGGGAUGCUGUUCUCAACCCCAGCUGCACAGAGAAAUCACAGGGGCGCUUUUGAAAAUCCUGCGGCCCUCUCGUGCCCCGGGGCAGUGAAACCCAGGAUGUACACUUUGUAAAGGUCUUAAAGUCAUGCUGAUGUACAGCCAGGGCGGAGAACCACCAGCCUAGGGGCGGCCGCAGGUGUGGGGGUUGCAGGCCAGUUCUGCGGGCAUAGGGACCUCGGGAUUGAGCAGACUCUAAGCACAAAGACCUCAGCAUCCAUCAUGAGCAUUAAGAACCCGGGUGCACGGGGAGGCUCCACGCACGUGCCCAAGCGCCAGAGGGGAGCAAUCCAUGAAAAGCAAAGGAAAUACAGAGCAGACACCUCUGUCCCGUGUCCUCUGUUAAAGGGGGCACUGGUGCCAAGCGUCCCUGCCGCUUGUGCAAGCAGCUCGCUGCCCUCCCUGAAGGGCAGCUCCGUUGCCCGGGAAGAAAGCAAACCCUGGACUCACCAGUUCAUCACAAAGAGAGGCGGCCAGAAGGUUGCAGAAGGAGUUGGAUGGGGUUUAUAAAAACAGGAGUCCAACAAGAGAAUUCUUGCUUUAAGAAACACGUUUUAUAUUUUUUGUAUACAUUGCAUCUGGGGGGAAAACUGAAGCAAUUAGCACGAUUUCCUUUUCCACGUGGAAAUGCAGGCACAGACUGCCCUCCGAGGUUACAAAUUCCUCCUGUCUGUCUGAAAUGCCAGCAGAAAUGCUAAGACUGCCCACCCGGUCACCUGGCGGAUAAAACUACACAUUUUUAGGUGCAUUUACUUAUUUUUUUUUUAAGAAGCCCUUUUGACUUAAUUUGGCUACAGAGUAAUCUCACCUGUAUCAUGUAAACCCUUGGAAAUAAAGAUGGAUGUGUGACAAGCAAUUAGCCACAGACAGCAAUAACUUCCUUCUGAAACAAGCAACAGCUCUCUAUCGAUGGUACGUUUCAACGGUAUAAAGGUUUGCUAUGAGAAAAGCAAUAUUUGUACAAAUGGAAAGCAAGAUUCUCUUUUAUCUGGUUUACACUGUUGAUCAAAACAUGUUGAUUGUAUAUGGGGUAUUAAAAAAAAUAGAUGUAUAUUAUUCAUUGUUCUUUAUUCUUAAGGACCUUAUAAAAAUUUGUAUUCUUGUUAA